CACUAUUAAUUGUCCACCUAACGAACAACAAUGCUUGCAAAAUAAACAUGGUAAAUUUUGAAUUCACACGGACUUUAAAAGCUAGGCUAACUAUUUAUGCGACAGAUUUGGCAUUAUGACACACAAAGCCGACAAUGCACAGCCUUUGUAAAAUAUAAAAGGAAAGCGAGUGACUCAUGAAGCACAUGUCAGCCCUAUUAGUGAAGCCCCAGAGAUGACCUGAUUAUGCAGCAUACCCAUUCAGUGUGCCCUACUGAGGGCACUCGCUGGCUCCCUGCGCGCAAUCAGCAGGUGCUGAAAAGUUUCUGCGGGAUUAGUUGGACACUUGUGGAGGUGUGCUGAAGCUGUGGUGGUUGUACCGGAGUAUGCGGCAGUGGACCGCGGGAUGUUCGGAUGCCCGGCCCGGCUCCGGUGGAUCCUCCUGCCGCUCGACAUGAAGAUUUCGGUCGGUGUGUCGGUGCUCGCGUUUCUGCUCUACCUUCCGCUCAUACAGUGCUGCUGUUUGAGGAGGCGUGGGCCCGCAGUCAGUGCCGCUGUCUCGAGCAGAUGGUGUACGUGGAGCAGGAGUAUCCCGGCGCAGUGGAGCACAUCUACAGUCCCGGGUGCGUCCCGCUGCUGCGCUGCUCCGGCUGCUGCAACGACGAAAAACUUGCAUGCUUCCCCGUCAGCACGAGCAACAUCUCCAUACAGCUGCUGAGGAUCACUCCAGCAGAGCGGCGCAGAGAUUAUGUGCUUCUGUCCUUUCAGGAGCACCAGAGCUGUGAGUGCAGGCCCAGAAAACACCAGCAGAGGCACCAGCACAAAAGGAGACGGAAGGGGAAACACAGGAGGAGGAGGAGAGGCUGGAAGAUCAGAGACUGAGACGCUGCUGGAGUCAGCCUCUUCAUCAUCCUCAUCAUCAGAAGCAGCAUACCUGGACACAUAAGAGUGGACGUGUGCUGAAUUACACUGAAUCAGACGCAUCUUAUCACAGACACUGAGAAGUAUCAGUGGAAUAACCUGCCAAACUGCAGCAGACAGGCCAGCAGAUGGAAAAUACUCUCAUUAUAAAGCGACAGCUCACCCUAAAAGCAGAACUCUGUCCUCAUUUGAGUUUUUUCUGUCUGUCGAAUUGCCAUAAUAUUUGUUUUUCCUACUAUGGAAGUCAGUGGUUACAGGUUUCCAGCAUUCUACAAAAUAUCUUCUUCAGUGUUCAACAGAAUAAAGAAGCGUAUAAAGGUUUGGAAACGCUUGAGGGAGAGUAAAUACUGAGUAAACGGUAUUUGUUUUGGGUGACCUGUCCCUUAAGGAAACAGCUGUACUAUGCAGUGAAUGUUUAUCAUUCUGUAUGUCUUAAUAUAUUUAAAUAAAAGAAUAAACUCACAGUA